AUGGAUCCGGUCUUCGUCGUCACCCGCGAGGAACUGCACGAUGUUCAGAUGGAGUUGAAGCGCAUCCAACAUGUCCAGCACAUCCAAGGAGAACGGCUUCGGUCGCUGGAGAAACGACAAGCCGAUGAUGCCGCUCUAAAGUCCGUCUGGAACUCCCCCUUUCCCAGCGUGCUCGGGGGCACACCUCAGCACGGACCAGUGCAUAUGCCAUCGACCGAGUUGAUUGACGAUCUCGACGAGGAGGGUCACAAUCUCCUCGGCACCCUGCAGCUUGAAGCCGAGGACGAGCCGAUACGGAGGGGGGCGGCUUCUCGGGCCAACAGCGUUCGAUUUGACGAAAGCGCUCUACAUGGCGCCAACUUCAGCAAUCAUGGCGGUCGCCACUCUGGCGACUUCGGUCCCAUCCGCCCGGGGAGCGGCUUGGGUGGGCAUCAUAUGAUGGAACGGUCGUAUUCCCACAAGUCAGACGGCCGACACAGUUCAGCAGGACAUUCGGUCCACUCGAUGCACUCGGGGAUAUCAGGGCGGACCAGCAGCCUUGGGCUCGACACCACUUUUGUUCUGGGAGGACAUGAGGACAACUCGCCUCUCGACAUGCCGGAGCCGCCGCCAGUAUUGUACAUCCUAGGGUCGCCUCCAUCCAUCAUCCGCUGCUGGCUGACGAGCCACUUCACAUCGGCAGGACUUUUGUACGCCGUGGUAUGCACCGGGUCUCAGAAAUCGACGGUGGACUACUCGCUUCUCCGGGAGCUUGACCUGGUCAACAACAUCCACCGGGACGUGGACGGAGCUCACAGGAUCACGCUUCCUGUCUUUUUGGCCGAGGCCCGGGUUACGCAGUCAAACUCUCGGUCUGCAAGCCCCGCGCCUCACCUUCCUAGCAUAACGGCUUCAUUCGAGGUGACGGGCAUGGAUCAGCAAGAGUCUCCCGAGUCAAGGAAGUCUAUCCGCGUCUUCAUUGGCAGCCACACGCUACGUAUGCACGGUGCCGACAUUCUUCUCUCGCGAAAUCUGAUGACCCUGUAUGGGAGUGACCGCGACAAGCUCUCCAUUCCUUUCGUACGGCCGGAGGACGAUGCUAUGUUCAAACAUAUCACGACAGCGAAUCUUGUGCCAAACAAGCCCAAACUGAACGCUGCUGCGCCCGAGUUUGUUGCAGGAGAGAAGUCGGUGAAUGGUUCCGUCCAGGAUGCCAAGGAACAGAGCGUUUCUGGCUCCCAGUCCGUAACCGUAGAGACCGAAUUAGAGGGUAUGCGGUCGCCUACAGCGUCGUCGAGUCAGCCGGUCAAGGCAGUUACCGCUGGCUCGAUAUUUGAAAGCGGGGCCGAGGGCGAGAAGCAAUCAGCGGAGCCAAAAGUGGCCCAACCGUCUGGAAAGGAGACAUCUGGAUCAACGGAAACCAACCGUCGGGAAUCCAGCGCAAUUAUCCGAACGUCGUGGCGUCAAACGGCGGCGGCUCUGGGCGACAACAGCACUCCGCUCAGCGGAUAUCAGCCCGCGGCGCGGUCUCGCAGCAUGAAAGUUCUCAGGCCGAACAAGUCCAAUGGUUCUACAACAAAGACAGGAUCGGCGUACGAGGCGGCGCAAGCUCCGCGGUCGAGCACAGAGCAGAAACGCAAGGAAAGCGGCCAGGCAACAACGGUCAGCUGGGGGAACACCAAGCGUAGUGUGAGCGUUCCCGCGUUGAACGGCCUCGGGGAGGGGAGGCCAGCCGCAAAUGGCCAGGAGACGAGUGUCAAGGUGCCAGCGGCCGCGCGUUUGGGGAAUAACCCGCUCGGAAGUGCAUCUGCAUUCUCCUGGAUCGCCUCGAAUAAGCCAAAGGCGCCAGGGGCCGAGUAA